AUGUCACGGAGCGAGAAUGGUACCUCACGAAGCUCUCAUGCCAACGAAAACAGUCAAGACAGCACAAUACAGACGGAAAAUGAUAGUCAUACAACGGCAGACAACACGACGGAUGUGGAAUCUACCACUCUGAUGACAAGUUCGACGCUUUCCUCUACUCAAGUCGAUAGCGAGUCAGAAAACAGAAUAACCAAACAUGAAAUCGAAAAAAAACAACUGAUGCACGAUCUGGAGCUGCUGCGUAUCGAGCUAAGCCAGAAAAAUCUUAUUAUUGAUAACAUGAAGGUUGAUUAUCUUAAUAAAGUGGACGAGUUGGAGGAGCUUGUGGCGGACAUGAGACACGACAAGCAAAUUCUUCAAGCGCGACUUGAGUCGCAGCUUAAACUACAGCAGGAAGAAUCCAAGAGUUCUCUUGAACGAACAAGGCAAGAGAUGGCGAAAAUCUUUAAAAGGCAACAGGCCCUGGAACUCGAAAACAAAAAACUUCAGGAGAAAGCAGUCGAUUUCAGGAAAGGGUUAAACGAUCUGGAAUCAAUUUCAGAUGAAGAAUACUUGGAACUGAAAGCUAAAGACCCUGACCAACUGGGCUUAAGGGAAUUUUUGAUGGUUAGUCUAACUACUGCAUUAUUCUUUAAUGUAUAAUGAGUGGUGAAUUCAUUUAGCUUGUUAGGGAAAGUUCAUUUAAUCAGUUUUCAAGGGGGGAUUUUGAUAUUUAUGAUAUUUUGAAACUUUUAUCCAUCCAAAUUUUAAUCUGACCCCCUGCAUGGCUAGCGUUUCUCAAUUUUUCAAGAAAGUUGGAACGUAGUCGAAAAAAAAAGGAAUUUCAGGGGAAGGGAGCCCUCCUCCUUCAAUUUUUGAAAAACUGCGUUCACCCAGCUUUUGAAAAAAGAUGCUGGUAUUGAUUAAAUAUAUUUACAUCAAUCAAACCAGGUAUGUUUUGUUUUAUACUAUGGUCAAACUGAUUGAGAUACAAAUGUGAUACAAUUUAUCUGAAAGCAUUUUGUGGAUGAACAAGAGAUCUGAUCCCUUCAAUCAAACUACAUUACUUUGAGAUAUCUGUGGAGACCAGUGAUAUAGCCACUUUACAGGGAAUUAAAUUGUUGACUGGAAAAAAUCCGACUGUUUGUUGGAUGUAACAUGUGUUGCUUUGAACAUACAAAUACUAGACACCCCCUAGAGCCGCCAUGAAUAAGUUUUGAAAAUUGAGCGGCAUGUAUUGUCUGAAAUGUUCGACACUGGCUGGCCUAUGGAUAUCUUCUGCUCCCCAACUUGUCAUAUUAAAUGAACAUUUCUUUGCCUUUUGACAAGGUUUCAGAUGAGAUAAAGUUUUCUUGAAUUUAUUUUGAUAUUUAUGAAAUAUUUUGAAAGCAAUUUUAUCCAUUCAAAGAAAUUUUAAUCUGACCGAAUACGGAGAAGUUGUAGCCAAAAUUCACGAGUAUGAUUACAGAUGAACUUGGACAAAAUGAAGUUCUGUUACCAAUUUAUCGUAAUUUUAACAAAAUUUGUGAUAAAUAAGGCUCUCUUUUUAAAUCUAAAAGAAGAAAUUCCAUUUUUUUAGCUAGCAGUAAAAAAAAAGCCAUUUAAUUUUUCAAUUGAUGGUGUGUACUGUCCAAUUACUUAGACAUGACGUGUACUGUCCUAUUACAUUGUCCUAUUAAGGCUGAAAUCAGGGCAGUUGGUAGCCAAUCAGAUUUGAGAAUUUUGUUAUGGAUGUGAUUAUAAUAAUAAUAAUAAUAAUAAUAAUAAUAACAGUACUAAUAAUAAUAUUCUUGUUGUUGCAGAUCAAAGUGUUUGAAGCUAGCCACCCUUUGUCUGUAGAAUGCACAAACCUCAGACAGCAGAUGGAUUCCUUAACUCAUGAUCUUCACACCAGAGAUGAAGAAGUUGCUGUUUAUCGCAAAGUAAAGUGAAACAUAACUUGCCUUCUUUACAACACAGACACUGAGAUAGUCAUGUAAAUGAAGCCUAAAAGCAGAGCUACCCUCAUGAAGAAGCAACAGAGCAAAUUAGGGGGAUCUAGAACAAGUUCAUGUUACAAAGCUAGGGCAUGCCAUCUACCAGUCCGGAAUAUCCCUAAAUUUAAGGACAGGGCCGAAACUUUUCCAAUUAACUCAAAACAUCGCCGCUGUGAUAAAAUAUGUUCAAAACAGCGGACUUCAUCCAUUCCUUCUUUUCAUGGGCAUUUUUUUUUAAGAGGACCAUAAAUAUUCAGCACAUUUUGUUCUUCAGUUCAGCUUUUCAAGGUAGGUGAACACGUAUCUAUUAUUUUUUUCGAUUCACAGAUUUUUUUUUUAAGUUCUAAAUUUUUCCUUGAUUGUAUCAUUUUGAAUCAUGCUGGUCCAAUUUUUGAAUUCGAUGUUAAACACGUGCUAGUCUUCCUUUCUCUUUUAUUACUUUUUUUUUUUGCAUUAGUACGAGCCUUUGCCUCUUUUUUCUUUUCAAGGCCAAAACAACUUUAUUAGUCUUAAUAUUCAUGUCCAACAUCUCGAAGAAGCAACAGAGUUUCUGAAAAUUAGAGGCUGGAUUCUCCAAAUGUUUAGAAAAACAAGUUCAUGUUACAAACAUGCUGAAUCUGGGCAUGCCAUCUGCUGUUGCAUUGUGUUUUGUAUGAUCUCAACAAAUUUUUUCACUCUCUCUAAGGCUAUGUUGGUACUCCUGUGUAUUCUCUUACAUGGGUUAUCUUUAAUUCUGAUUUUUUGAGCACUGCCAUUCAAAUUUAAUAUUCGGACUGUCUAAUGUUGCAACAUGUCCAGACUUUUCAGACAUACCUUUUUUUGGAUAGGAUGCUAUUGGUGCAUGUUAUUUGAACAUCAAAUAUACCGGUAGAUGGUUUCCAUGCUGAACUUCCUGCCACUGCAAAAAAAAAUUGGGAAAGUUCAGUCCAGUGAGAGUUCUCUUAAAAGAUGGUAUAACUCAACACAUCGCUAAUCUAAAUAGGUAAAUGUUAACUUAAAAUUAAUGCUAUGAAAUAACCACUUUUAAAUCCAGGAAGCUGAAGAUGAGAGGAUGGGGCGCAUGGAGAUGGAGCAAAGAGUACAAAAACUGUCACUUCAACUUGAAAAGUUACAGUCACAAGUUAAUCAGGGUGAUUAUAGGAUCUCUAAUUUUGAUCAUGUGAGAAGGUGAAGAAUGUAAAAUAAGUGAGCUUUUUCUCUUGUUUUAUUUUCAAUAAAAGUGAUUAUAAUAAUUUAAAUAUUUUUGAUUUUGGUGUAAUGGUUUUAUUCUUUGAUUUCUGGUGUACAUGGGUUCUCAUUAUGGGCUUUAGGUUUGAGCCGUCUUGAAAUUAAAAGAGAGAGUGGCCUGAAAUUUGCUGUACAAAACUCAAUUCACCUUCUGAGCGUCAGAUUUCACAUUUUUUGUGCUUUGGCAAACCCGGUUCAAAACAUCUGUUCUCUCUACUUGGAACAUGUUUGCUACUUCAAGUUAGCGUUAACUUAUAUAUUUUCCUUCCCUUUCGCUGAUUAAAAAUCUACUUUUUAACCUGGGUGGUAAAACAGAAAAAAUAUUCUAACAUGGUUUCAACAAAGCGCUUAGAAAUUGGUUUUGCCAGGUUAAACUGAUGAAGACUUUAUAGUUCAUUAUACGGCAGUGUGCUUACAUUUUCUCUGUUUUUUUAUGUUUAUUCUUGUGUCCCUGAAAUACAAAUCCAGUGUAAACAUUUUUUUGCUAAACAUCUUUUCAACCUUUUGCCAUCAACUGGCUGCCUGGCAUUUUUUUAAAAAGGAAAAUGUCAAACAACAAAUAGCCAAACGGUUUUGUAGGUUUGAUUUGUGACCAUUUCAGCUGCUGAGACGGAAAUUUCCACUGCAAGCACUGCAUCGUCUGUACUAUUGUUAUUCUUUGCUUUUCUUGAACCUUAAACUCUUGGGGUGAAAUAAAGUUGAAAUGUUGUUGUUGUUGUUGGGCAGAAAUGAGGGUCCGAAAGUGAGUUUGUUUUACAACAAAGGUCAUCAAAAGUCACGUGAAACUACACAUGAAAUCUGACGCUCAGAAGGUGAAUUGGCAAGCUGCCUACUUUUACAUCCUAGCUGUCCACUUUAAAACUUACACGUAAUGAGAACCCUGGACUCUAGGGAAGUGCUCCGUACAUACUUGGUGGUGAUCAGAAGUAUGAACCUGGUUUAUUGGCCUUUCAUGGCUUGUUGCAUGCAAAUAAAUGAAUGAUAUGCAUUUUUCAUUAAUUUUAAUAGUGAACGUGACAGUUUGGAUAGAGAUGUGGUGGAGCUGAAGAAAAGCAAUACCUUGUUAGAUGCUGCCCUGAAAACAAAAUCCGACAGUUUAAUUGAUUUACAAAAGGAGGUACAUGUAAACAGAAGCAGAGUACCAUAUUCAUGAUAUAUAUUUCCAUCCUAUAACUUGGUGAAACCCUGACAGGGUUCUAUCUAGGGUAUUUGAGGGGUAGAAGCUUUACCCCCCAAAAUAUUGUUAUCAUUACAGUAUAUAAGUAACUAUAUCGAAAAAAAUCAUCAAGACGCGACGAGGUUAAUAGUGCACACACUGUAACAUUCCUCAAAAUUGUGUCUCAAAAAUUAUGCACCAGAUUGCAUCUCAUUGCAUAUUCAUUUCAUAAAAUUUCUGGGGGAGGGGGGGGAAAGCUUGUCACCUUCGGCCACUCAGGACUUCUCCCCCAAAUGGUAAAUCCUAGAUAGAACCCUGCCUGAAUUUGACAUCCAUCAAAGAUUAAUGUUAAACCUCAAGUUAUUACACAUCAUGUCCAAUACUCACCACUUGUUCAAGUUGUAAAAUCUAAGACUCAAGUGGUAUGAGUUGUUGUGCGAUUGGUUCAAGUGGUGAAUGUGAUACGUUUGAGUGAAAUUAGAAAUUAAGUGUAGUAGCCUAACAGUUUUUCAAGGUUUGUUUUUGUUGUGUUUAACAUUUUAGAUAUAUGUUGUAGUUAAUUUUUUAUCUCAGGUAAUUUUUCUUUUUGUUUUGUUUUUGGGUAUGGUAAUGCUUAAUAGAAAAUGUAAAAAGUUGUAAUAUUUUGUAUUUAUAAUUAUUAUAUAAUGCUUGGAAAGUAUAAAAAUUUGGUGGAUGAGAAGCUGUAAUUUUGGCUAAAGCCUGGCAAGCCUAAAGCAUAAGCAUAGGGACAUGACACCCACAGAAUGGCAUAUUUUCUCCGACCCAAUUCUUUCUUUUAUGUCGAACAUGAAUCUCAGCUCUGCUCAAAUGGUCUGAUGAAAAUAAACAAGAUGGUGGAUGAUUCUUCAACUUUAUGCAAAUUCCAUAUUUUGAGCCCUUCGCUUUUUUGAUUUAUUGACUUCUGAUCAUCAACAUGAACAAACGCAUACAUGUCAACUUUUUUUUGCUGAAAAUAUUAGGAAGAAGGCAAGGAAAAAGAUCAAGUUUCACCGAUGUUCAUUUCGAACGUCAAUGUAAAACAAGUGUGUGCAGAUUUUGUAAAAUAACCCAAUUUUUUUUUUUUUCGUAAUUUCUAAAGUUUGCUGAACUGUAUGUGUAUUCCGUUUCCUGAACCUUGGUCAAAAGGAUCAUAUCUCCACUGCCAUGCAAUGAUACUCAAGGUAGAACGUAACAUCAAAACGGAUAAAAUCAUCUGUUUUUCACUAAUUUGAAAAAUGUGAACUUUUCUCUGUGCCUUAAUUGUUUGAGAAAAAAAAAAAAAAUUAUUAGUGUUCAUUAUUUUUGGCUCAAAACCUGUUGUUCGUUAUUUGCAUUUUUCUAGGGACAUUAAUGGCACAUUUGACCCAAUUCUCGAUACCAGCUCUGCUCAACCUGAUGAUAAACAAGAUGGUGGACGCUUCAUUCGCCAUAUUGCUUUUGAUAUGUUCGCAUGGGCAUACAUGCCAACUCUCUCGGAAAAGGCGCCAAUCUCCCGCUCUUCCACGUGGGUCAUCAUAUCUCCCGGAUAAAAUCAUCUUUUGAGCUUUUCUGUGCCUUAUAUAAUUAGUUUGAGAUUUAGCCAAUUUUUAGCUCAAAACUUGAAUUUUUCUUAUUCGCAGUAUGGUUUCUGGGGCAUUUUUACACGUAUUUAGUCACUGACAACAAUUAUUUCUGGCAUCAAAACAAUGAUUGCGAAUUUUGAUAGUAUGUACUUCAUGUAAGACUUCAAUCAUUCCAUUGGGGGCUGGGUCAAUUUGUCGGGGGGUGGGGGGGAGUGAAAAAAAGAUAGUCUCUAGCUUUUAGAUCUUCAGAGGUUGGCAUCUCUGCAUGAGGUCUGGGUCAAAGUGGCCUAUGAUUGGUCCACGGCCUUGUGCUUAUGCUUGUGCUUAUGUCGACCCCGUUUUCACUUGUCAAAGCUACGACAUAAGCGCAAACACAAGAAGAACUAACUUGUCCAUUUUUCUUGUGCUUAUGUUUAUGCUGUAUGUUGACCCAGUUUUCACUUGCUUACACAUGUGCUUGUGCUUAUGGCUAUGCGCUAGUGAAAACCAGGCUUAAUUGCCAAUAUUAACAAGAUGAAAUAGACAGCUGUUAUGAAGCCCCUGUUAAGGAGUUGACACUGUAUGUCUGAUAAUUCUUUAUGUUUAGUUGCAUGCCAGUCAACAGACAGUAUCCUUGCUGAAACAAGACAAAGAGUACAUGAACAGGCAACUGCAGGAGAUUAGAGGCAGAUGUACUUUAGCGGAGGAACGACUGGAGCAAUCAUCAAAACAGCUUGAAGAAACAAAACAGGCCAGAGAGGAACUUUAUGAGAAGUACAUCAGUGUUAGAGAACAGUACAAGUCAGAGUAUGAGUUGAGAUUAAAAACUGAAUUGGAUGAUAUUAAAGGAAAGACCUCCAUUGAACUGGACAGGAUAAGGGUAGAUACUAAAGAGAUGUUUGAAAGAGAAAAUAGGUAAGUGACCUGAAGGGCAGAGGAGGACUAAGCACUCAGGUUUAUUAUAGUGACAGGCACUGGACGAAAUGCACAAAAUAAAUAUGUUGCAAAUAUGUUGCAAAUGUGUAAAUACUGAGGAGUAAUUAUGUGGCAAAGAUGGUAAAUGCCACAUUUGCAUACCAAAAAAAAAAAUGGGAGAUGUAAAUAACUCGGGAAAUGUGGCAUUUACCAUGUUUACCAUGACUGUAUUAUUAUCGUCAGUAUUUAUAUUUGCAAGGAGCAAAUUUGUGCACGUCCAUUUUUUUGUCCCAUGAGGGAGAUGCAAAUAGGAUCAAAUAGUUGUACCCAAAUCAAAGUAAUAUUAACUUGCUUAAGUGCAACCUAGAUCGUAUACCAAGACGUACGGAGAUAGGGCAUUCGCUGCUCAUGCACCAAGAGAAUGGAACUUAAUACCCUAUGAAAUUCGGAAGUUCAACACCAUCUCGAGUUUUAAAAGAUCACUUUAGACAUACUUGUUUACUAAAUUCAGUAAUAACGGAUCAUUGUUUUCAUAGAUUUGUAUAUAUUCCAUUAGUUUUAAUUUUUCCCUUUUUUUAUCAUUAUGAAUAAGAUGGUUUAAUAGUUGCUUUAGUUUUAAUUUUUUCCUUUUUUACUCAUUGUAAAUAUAAUAGGAUAUGGUUGUAAAUUUGUAAAUAUUUUUCAAUAAUGUUGUUUACAUGACUGUAAAGCGCCUUGAACAUAGGAUAAGAGCGCUAUAGAAAUAAAGUUAUUAUUAUUAUUAUUAAGUUAACUGAAUAGGACUGUCUAGUUAUGAAUAGCAUCUAUGAAGUCUCUUUUUAUCCAAGGAAAUUAAAACCACCCUACUGGAUAUAUAUUGAACAUCAGUAGGAUUUUUUUCUCAAAUCUUUGUUAUUUAUUUUUGUUGUAGGAAUCUUCGAGAAGCAAGAGACAAUGCCCUGGAGGAAAAGGAACGUGCUUGUGUCAGUGAGAAAGAAACAACUUCAAAAUAUGAUCUACUUCAAUCUGAGUAAGAACUUUAUGACUUGUAAAGUGGUUUCUUUGUCAUUUGCAUGAUUCUUUUCUCUGUGUUAUCAUAGAAACCAUGAUUGUGUUUAGAAAGAUGUUGGACGGUUCAACAGGGGUGUAGCCAGCAAUUUUCACACAGCAUACUUUAUCACAGAAUAUACUUUAUCAAACACUGUGGUCUGACUUGUGAUGAACAGUUUACUCAGCUAGCAUUUCAACAAGAAGGAGGUACCUUGGAUGCGUCUGUGUAAAAAAGAUGUGAUUGUUGAACUUAUGUCAAGAGCCUACUGUAACAGAUGUUUAUUAGAGUAGCCUGCAUGACAGGUGCUGUAUGGGCCAAGUGAGUCUAACGGGGCUUUUCCAUGAAGCGCGAAAAGAGUGCAGACGGUGAGAUGAUCAAGGGGAUGGGAAAGAAUAACCCAGGAAUAAGUUAAGCAAAUCCAGACAAUCGCUCUCUAGACAUGACCACUCUUGAGUGAAUUUUCAGUCGACACAAUCUACUGAACAAUUACUCACAUUCUGCUAAUGUAAUUGGCAACUUACAUAAUUAAGGUCAAACAAACUUGUCUAUGUUUUAGUAGAAAGAACUGACGGUCACUUUCUGCCAAGGCAUCAGCUGCAUGGUUCAACUUGAUGCUGAAGUGGCUUGUAAUACUGAAAGGCAUAGUGUGAUGUGGGUAUAGUGAUGAUGAAUUAUUUGAAUACCACAUCUAAUAGGCUGUUCGCCUUGCUAUUGCUGUCGGUGUCCCAGUUCCGGGUAAUUUCCUCAAAUUGAUUUGCAAACGGCUGGUUAAGGGUCUUAAGGCUGGUUUUCACUAGUGAUGGAGUCGGCAGAAUCAUAAGCGGAGUCGUAAGAGUGCUUAUGACCUUAACUUGUGAAAGUAAAAAAUCAGAGUCAUAAGCAGAGUCAUGUGUGUGACAGAAUUAGAGUCUUCCGACUUUGCUCUCCGUCACUUACAGUCCAGUAAAAACCAGAUUGUCAGAGUCGGAAGGAUGAAUCAAUCACAAUGUGAUUGGUUUAGUUCUACUGCUUCUGCUUGCAACCCCGCCAGCCUAGUUUUCACUUGAUCAUAAAUGACAGAGCUCAUGAGCGAAAUCACAACACUGUGUUUUCACUAGAUCUUUAUUCACACUUCUGAUUAUGACUUUGACUAUGUGCCAGUGAAAACCAGCCUUUGCCUGACAAAGCUUCUGCUCUCAGCACUGAUGGUAGAAUGAAAAGGAAACUUCAUGUUCUUCAUGGCCUUCAACCAGCACCGUGUUUCACAUUAGCUGAGCAAUGUUGUCUUGCAGACUUCUUGCUGAUCUUCAUUAUCAUAAUAACAUUGUAACCCUUGAUAUAGUAUGUGAUGCCUUUCUGAUUUUUUUGUCUUCUUUGCUUGAAAUAUAGCCAGUUUCAUAGCCUAAAGAGGGGGUUCUGGAAGCCCGGCCUAGAACCCUCCUCUGGCUAUGACACCGUUCGGUACAUGAAAAGAUUGACGUUUGAACUGGGCUUUAGCUACAUGAGACUGGUGGGAGGUAAGACCACUAUAAAAACUAGCGUUAUUAAUGUGUUGCUUUUUACUUUGUUGUAGAUUUCGACAGUUACAACUCUCUGCUGACAGCAGACAGUCUGAUCUGCAGAAAGAGAUAAAUGUCAAACAGUUUGAGUUAGAGAAAAUGCAAAUGAUCCUUGAUGAGACAACCAGCAAUCUACGUCAGGCAAAACUAGAGGCUGAAAAAUAUCAGAGCAAGAGUGAAGUAUGAUUAUCAUCACAAUUAUGAUUGUCAGUUAGAACUUGUCAUGAAUCUAUUGUAUAAAUGACAUUAUGGACAGCCAGCUUGUCAAAGUGUACUAGUAAUAAUUUACCCACAUUAGUAAUUUUCCAAAGUAAUAUUGGCAUUGUGGGAUUUGUGUUAUUCUGAAGUUUUCCAUCUUUCCUUCUGUGCUUCUUGUUGCCUUUGCUAAACAAUGAAUGGAUCAAGUCUAAAAAUGAAUGUGAUCUCAGUCAUACUUGUCAUCAAAAUGUGGAACCAUUUAUAGGCAAAGAACCCGAGAGGCCAGCCCUCAUCUUCCGUCCAGAUCCCCUUUCCUCCCCUCCCCAGUGUUGACCAAAGGGGCUUACUUAAAUUAAAUGGGGAUCCUGUGCCAUAGAACUGACAAAAAUUACUGUCAGACCCUUGAUGACAAAUCGUGUUUCCUUGGAUGGCAUUUCUCAUUUUGAGGUUUCAUUUCAUGUUGCAGAAACCGGCCAGUUUCCGAGUCUGCAACAUUGAAUUGUCCACUGUUAAUUCAACUAGAUUUUUUUCUCUCUCUCAUCUAAUUCUUACAUUUAUUUUAGCACUUCUAAUUCGUGAUACCUUAAUUGCAAUAGUAGUUUCAUAUGUUUGCAUUUCAGGUAUUAAGUAAGGAAUACUAUUCUCUAAAAAAUUCUUCUGAAAGAAGACUUGUUGAAUUGGAAUCAAAGUGUAAGGAGCAGGGUGACAAGCUGGCAGUCUAUGAAAAGCUGGAGCAAGAACUGGAUGAUGUUAUCAUGCAAGCUGCAGAAAGUACGAAUUUGAGAAAUUCUGUAUUAUUUUUCAGUUAUUGAAAGUAUGCUCCAUAAGUGCUAGGAUAUUAAUAAUACUGACAAUAAAUUUUAGUCAUGGAAUUCCAAUGUUGUAGAGUCCAGGCUAAUAAGAAGAAGUGAUCUCUUUUGCAAAUUACUCUCCUCUAACUUUUUUUUUGGACAAAUGGCAUCACCAUUCUACAUCUUACUGUAUGUACAUUGAUUCACAAUGGCUUCAUGGGUCAUACAUUGUUUUCUCAAUAUGGUUUUGGGAUUUUAGGGCCUGCAAACAUUAAAUCAUAUUGACAAUAGAAACAUGAGGUAGGUAAGUUGAGUACGAUUGUCUGGAUGAACAUAGUCCUGAAUAGGACUGUUGUUGUUUUGACAACCUGUGCGGUAUAGUCAUCUUCAGAGUCAAAGUGAAUUGUGACAAUACCAUCAACUGGCGUGAUACAACUCACUUUGACUCUGAAGAUGACUACUGCUCAGGUUGUCGAAAUGUCAGUCACUGUCAACAAGAACAGUCCUAUUCAGGACUACAUUCACUCCGACGAUCAUACUCAACCUACUUAAGAAAUGACCCCUGGGCUCAAACCUUUCACAGAAACUUGCAGUUCGGAGCAAAAAUCAGAAGUACAUGUAACUGAUCAUUUAUAAGCGUGUGGUGCAACAAUGUCCAGAAUUGAGAUAAGAAUUCACAUUAAAUACCAUGCAUUACAAUAAUAAUUACACAUAGCAAUGGAAGAUAUCACAAAUGCAUUUUUGCAAUCUACAAUCUUCACCAAAAAUCCUUGAAACACCUACAGUGUAUACACAUUCCUUUCCCUAUGCAAUGUUGAGAUGUGAUUGCAAAGUUACAUGACUACAACAAUAUUGCAAAAGGGAGGGAGGAAAUGAAAGGGAGUAGAAUUCUUCAAAGUGUUUCAAGGUUUUUGUCUGAGCUUGUAAAUGGUCAUGGCAAUUCACAUCCUGUUAAUCUUGAAUUGUCUUUUAGUUGAGAAUGAAUCAGAUGCUGAAAGAGUUCUAUUUUCCUAUGGUUAUGGUGCUAAUGUACCAAGCACAGCCAAGAGGAGAAUGCAACAGAGGUAAAAAAAAAAUAUUACUAUAAUUUUUGUGAGGUUCAAAGUGAAAACUAUUUAAGUUGACCCUGCUCAGAUUAAUAAAAUAUUUUCAAAUUAUCAUUGGAGGUGUGUGUGGCUGAGCGGCCAUUAACACCUCAAACUCCAGAUCUGGAGGUCUGUGGUUCAAGCGUCGCGCGUCAGGUUGUUUUCUUAGACAAGGAACCUUACUACACUUUGUCUCUCUUCAUGUGAAUGUAUAAGUAAUACUGGUGACCUACUGCUUGUGGGUAACCCUGCAAUGUACUAGCAUCCCAUCCAAGCGGGGAGGAGCAUGCUUCAUGCUAAAGAAACUAAGAUAAGCUCCCACCGUUAGGGCCUUUGGCUUGUUUGCGCCUUAACUUUACCAUUUACAUGUACUAUUUCAUUCUCAGUCUCAUUUAUAAUUUAUGAAGAGAAAACAGAGGCAGUCACUUCUUCUUAAUUACCACAAAAUUUCAUGAACUUUAACUUUCAUUUUUUUUAAGAACCAUUGUUCAUUUGAGAAGCUACCUAUAACACUCCUCUGAGUGUUACAUACCUUAAAGCAUGAGCCCAUCACCCGGAGCGAGCAACUUACAUGUGCCUGGUCACGGCAUUUUCAUGGACCAGUUUAUUUUUAGAACAGUCUUGGCACAAAUUUUGAAUAUCUUUUAAAUUCCACAAACCACUCAGCAUAACCUACAGACCUAAAAAUGAUAUAUUUUGCCUUUUAAGAACAUUUAGUUUUCCUUUUUGAAAUUAUAUACUUUGAAUGUGCUCAUAGACAUGGUAGAGACUCUAUUUUCGUGGGAAAAAGUGCCCUAAAAUGUGUCUAAAAAUAAACUGGUCCGUAAAAAUGCGGUCACAUAGGCCUAGUAUGGGAGUUGCUCACUCUGGGUUUAUGGGCUGCUGCUUAAAGUUGGUCUUAAAGAACUUGGCCUUGCCUAAUAUAUCACUUGAAUCCACUUCAGCUCAGUGUCUGGUUAUGAAACACUGCAUGUCAUGUCAUGUUUAGAAUAUUACAUCAAACGUCUAUCAAUUGGUUUGUCAUCAAGCUUCCACCCUCUAUUUAGAAACUUAAUUAACCAGAUUCCUGGAAGACCAGGCUCCAAAAAAUCGAUCGUUGGACCACUUGGCAUAUAAAGUGGCCACAUGUAACCCUGUUAUUAAAAUGGCUCCUUGGACCUUUCCUUUCGUGAGGGUACCCACCUCACAGAAUUUUGUCUGUAUUGUUAUUGAAUUAAUGUUGAAUGAUGACCAGGGUUCGUACAGAGUCUUGAAUUCUUGAAAAAGUCUUGAAAUUUGUCCAGUUAUUUUCCAGACCGGGAAAAGUCUGGAAAAUAGAGAUGAAGUCCGCAAAAGAAUGAAAAAGUCUUGAUUUUUUUUUCAAAGAUACAACAAGUGCUUUAUAAGUGAAUUUUUUUUUGUUUUUGUCAAAUCUUAUUUAUCCUUGCUCAUAUGUUUGCAGCACACCACAAAAAAAGCUUUUGUUCCUGCGUUUUAAGGUCUCUAUUGAUCACCUAUUUGGGAAAAGGUCUGGAAAAAGUCUUGAAUUUUGGAUCCAAAAAUCUGUGCGAACCCUGGAUGACCUUUCUAACUCAGACCAGGGAUUCACCCCCCACCCCUCAGUACCCUUAUGACUCAUGAUGCUGUUUGUUUAUAGUGUUCACUUAGCUCGGAGAGUGCUUCAGUUAGAAAGAGCAAACACAUCACUCAGAGAUGAUAUGGAAAGGGAAAAGAAAAAGAAGGACUUGCUUGGAAAAGAGGUAAUGACAACAAACACACAUACAGAUUGACGCCUUCUCUUAGCCUGGGUAUGUAAGGGUAGCUUGCAAAUGCAAUUUCUUUCUCCUGAGAGAAGCAACAGCUGGAAAAUAAAUAUGUCUGUGUUUGCAAGCUGCCGUGAAAUUGAAUUUAAGGCUCAUAUUUCUGUAAAAAAGUACUGCAUGCCAGAGAAGUAGUUAUUUACUUCAUUCUCCUGUCAACUCCAACUUUCGACUUAUCGGGAGUUGACUGCACAGUCAAAGGUCCAGUAUAUAUAAAUGGACCUGUAUAUAGUGGUCACCCAGUAUAUUACAGUCGCUGAUCAACUUCCCAAAAUUUUCAACAAUUGGCUUAUAUUUUCUUUAAAGUUGACGUGUAUAUAGCGGUCAUCCUGCAUAUAAUGAUCACCUUGCCAUUUCCCAAGAGUGACCGUUGUACACAGGUUUGACUGUGUGUACUUUUGCACUGAAUAUUGCCUUGUGAUACCAAAAUUGGAAGCAAAAACCUUUUAGUCCUAUAUCACAUAGAUUGAAAUGUUUUCGUCAGAAUGGAUACAGUUGCUUUGUAUGUCUUUAUAGUUGUCCAAGGCCACAUCACUGUUGAAUGAAGCUCAGCAACCUUACAACUACUUGAUUGAAAGCAUAAGAGCACGGGAUGCACAAAAUCAAACUCUCACUGAACAGCUAACUUUGAUGGAAGAGGAUAUGAGGUCAGUAAUGAUUCUUGUUGCCUGGUAAUCGUCAGUUGUAGUUGACUACUAAUGGUAAUAAGUCUAGUGGGCCCAAGGUCAUGGGUUCAUUGAAGUGGUGUUAAGCCACAAUCUCAGUUCAGAUAAUCAUGUCUCUUGUUCAAGUGAUGUUAGACCUUGCAUAGACUUUGUUUCCUUAUUUUAUCCUUUCUUAUGAACUCGAUGGGGAAGUAAAGAACCUUCUUUGUUGUCUGAGAAUUGUGGGUGCCAAAAUGUCUUUUGUGGCUUCUGCGGGGAAUGGCCCAGAAAUUAAUAAUUAUUACUCGCGCAAGCUGUUGCGAUACCCCUGCCAAGUGUGUUGGAGGCAAUUAUUUUUAUUUUGAAAUUAUAAUUAACUCAUUCUUUGAGGCGGUCGCAACGAAGACUUGACUUUCUUUUUCCUUUUACAGCAAGUUGAGGGCUGAAAAAGAAGACCUUGUUAAUACUCGUGAUCAGCUGUCUGCAGACUUGGAAAGACUUCUUAACCAGCGCGAGGUAAUUUAUGAGUCAGUUUCACUGACAAAGAGAAAGCACUUACAAUUGAAUCAGUACAUGUACUUCCACAAUUUAUUUUUUUAUUUUUAUAGUAAGGGUAUGAAAGUACUGCUCAGUCUUAGGCAAGUUAUGGGCAUUUUCUUGCCAAAUGAGGUUACCAUGAUGGUAAAAUUAGGACCGUUAAAACCACCUAUGGUUUAGGUUUGAUUACAUAUGAGCCAAAAACAAUAAACUUCUCAGUCUGCUCUCUUUCUUAUCAUUGAAUACAUGUAAUGGGCCUUUUUAUGAGUUGCCCCAAGCAAUGUUCUCCGAACCCCCUUGCGCUAAAAAUAGAAGCAAAAGGAGGUACUCCGGCAAUUAGACUACAAUUCUAAGUAACUUACACUGUACAUAGUAUUAUCACUGAUUCUUGCAGGAGAUGGCUGUGAUGAAGCAAGCCAUUCUUGGUUUACAUUCUUCUCGAAGUUCAGGGCAAGUUGCCAGAAAUUCUAAUGCCUUUCAUGGGCGUGAAUCCCAUCUCAGAACUUCUGCGAUUAAGGAUGCUGUUUCUUCGCAAGCUGCACAUCGCCCAAAACCAACGAUAUUUGUAAGUGUGAAAAGUUGUUGGUGGUUUGUUGUUUGAUUGUCGUUAAGUGGAUUUUUUGAAUAUAAGCAGUGCACAUUGUAGGCACCAGCAGUCCUUAAUAAAGCUGCUAAUUAAAAUAAAUAAAACUCAUACACCAAAUUUUAAGUAAGAGUACUUUAGAAGGAGGAAACAUACAUGUAUGGUUGAUCCUGAUCAUGUUAUAAUGCUUAAGUCUGUUACCGUAAACUAUGAAAAAGACUCAUGCACUCAUUUUUGGCACAAUCUGUUUUUCACAUGCUAAAAAGAGUUCAUCAAAAUAUCAUAACCAGUCAUUUACCUGUUAUCAUAACUAGACUAAAUCAGAUCCACCAACCUGGUACAGAAAGCUAAAGAGUCAAAACUUAACUGGACGGACAACACAUGCGUAAGUAUUAUUUGAGCACACCACCACCCAAAAAGUAACAGUAGCUUGCCUGUGAGUGGGACUAUAUGACAAAACCCAAACAAAGAGCAGAGCAGGGAGAAAAUGGCGAGAUGAAAAGGAGAAUUUCCUGGGUCAAUUUUCCCACUCUGCUCUCCAUUUUUCACUGCUCCACAAGCUGAACACCUGCAACACUAUUAAGUUGUUUUAAAAACUGAACAAACAGGAAUUUGGAAAUGUUGAUUUUGGGGAAGGAAGAAAACUGUUAAGCCUGGUUUCCACAUGAUCGUCCCGAUUGUCCCAGUUGUCUGAUAAAAUGUUCAGACGAUCGGGACGAUCAUAUGGAAACGCUACCUGGACAGCCUACUGCAAAUAACCCGGACCACUAGGAAACCUCAAUCGCUUGGAUAGAAGUGAGUUCUAGACGAUCGUGUAAAUUUCGAAACAAUCAAAAGCUAUCCCAGAGAUCAUCACUUUUAUUCCAGUAAUCGGGGAGAAAUCGUCUGGCCUCGGGACACCACUGAAGCAGAAAGAAAAAUACAAAAAUGUUUGUACCGCGCAUGGUCAAUAUCUGAAAAAGAGAUAGUCCCCUCUAAGUUCUUGACGUGAUGCUGUGUCUUAGUGGAACACUUGUAGCUUGUUACGCCGCAAAAUCGAGAGAAUGAGCAGAUAGCAAGCCACAAGGUUCACUCUCUGAUUAAAACCCACUAUUAUGUUUGGCAUUUUGUGAAACACGUGCAAAAAUUCCGUUGUCUUCGAGGCAAUCGAGACGAUUGUAUGGAAACCACCAAUCGUCCCAUUCGUCCGGAUCGUCUCGAAAUUUGUUGAAACAACUGGAACAAUAGUUACAGUCCAGACAAUCAUAUGGAAACCAGGCUUUGGGAUUCAAGACAUCCCAGAGGAAGAGCAUUCAACUGUAUUGAACUAGUUGCUAGCUCGAAAACCUUACGGUUAUCUAGCCGCUAGGCAUUUCCUUCUAUGUAAUAAUAUUUAGUUUAAAUUGUAAUUGAAUAUUCUACGUGUUAAGUUACUAAUUAUUCAAUAAGUUUGACAAACCCUGUAAUGGAAAUGUGAAUAAAGUGUUGUUGUUGUAUCCCAGCAGUGAGUGAGGGAUAGUGGUAAAGUUAUGACUGAACUGACAACUGCAAAAUUAUGACUGAAUUAUGAAAGAUUUCAAAGCCACCCAGGCACAUGACUUUGUCUUGUAGGAUAUGGCAUGAGACCUUAAAAGACAACAACAUUAAUGGAAAUAGCUGUAUACAAAGUCAUCUUUCAGAUCCUUUUUGUCACCUUUAUUGCCCCAUUGUAAGCAAUAAUAAUAAUAAUAAUAUACAGUAUUUAUAGAGCGCUAAUUCCCAAUGGUCCAAAAGCGCUUUACAUAAUAAAAUAACAACAAAAUCCUAAACCUACAAAACUGCAUUGUCAUUCUACAAAAUUCCCAGUGGUCCAAAAGCGCUUUACAUAUUAAAAAUAACAACAAAAUCCUAAACCUACAAAACUACAUUGUCAUCCUAUAAAAACAUCAUCAUUCUAUACGACAACAUCAUAACCAAUUUUAAAAAGCCAAGUCUUGAGCUUAGAUUUAAAAGAAGAAAGGGAAUUACAAGAUCUAAAUUCGAAUGGAAGUGCAUUCCAAACAGAAGGUGCAGCAAUAGUUAAAGACCGGCCACCAUAAGUUUUAAGAUUAAAUUUAGAUGUAGAAAUAGUAAAAAUUGAUUGGAGGAUCUAAGAAGUCUACCAGGUGUAUAAGGCGUGAUGAGAUCAGUGAUAUAGUUAGGUGCAGCACCAUGAAGCGCCUUAAAUGUAAUUACUGCAAUUUUGAAAGUUAUCCUUUGUUCAAUUGGUAGCCAAUGAAGUUGAAUAAGCAACGGCGUAACAUGCUCAUAUCUACUAGUAAGGUGAAUAAGCCUAGCAGCACUAUUUAGGACACUCUGUAAACGUUUCAAGAUACAUUUAGGCUGACCGUAGAGCAACGAGUUACAAUAGUCAGUCCUUGCGGUAACAAAGGCAUGAAUUAGAGUUUUACAUGUAUCGUAAGAAAGAAACUUGCGAAUCUUAAAAAUAUUGCGUAAAUGAAAAAGCACACCUUAAAAUUAUUUAACCCUUUAAGCCCCAAUGUCCACAUAUAAAUUCUCCAUACUGAUCUUCAUACAUUUCUUUAAAGAAUUAGUUGAGAGAGUUUAAUAACAGAUCAAAGCAUAUUUUCUUUAGCGAUCAUUUUAUGAACUCUCAUAACCAUUUCUCUUGGCAACAUAUGGAUAUUGUUAGGAGAAAAUUGAUGUUGGUCACUAUUGGGACUUCAAGGGUUAACACUUAACUUUAGUUUUCUCUUUUGUUUUAGAUCGUCAUGACAAGACGUCCUCUUACACUCACUUCGUUUGGCCAAAUGGUGCUAGCAAUAAUAUUAUUUUAUCAAGAUAAAAGAUAAAAAUUUGUUGAAAGAUGUAUUGUGUAUUGUAUUUUACAGUUUUCUCUCUGAAAAUGAUACCUCAAAUGAUACACUCUUCUCAAAUGUAAAGAAGUAUUUUAUAAAGAAGGUUGUAGAAAAAUAGUUUUAUUAGACUGAUGAAGUGCCAGCCUAAUGCAUCAGUCAAUUCCACCUGCGCCCAGGCCCCCCCCCCCGGGCUGACCCCCGGGAAUUGGAA